UCCCUGCGCCGCCUCUUCCCACCCUGAGCAGAGCCGCCGAGGAUGAUAAACACCCAGGACAGUAGUAUUUUGCCUUUGAGUAACUGUCCCCAGCUCCAGUGCUGCAGGCACAUUGUUCCGGGGCCUCUGUGGUGCUCCGAUGCCCCUCACCCACUGUCGAAGAUCCCUGGUGGGCGAGGGGGCGGCAGGGAUCCUUCUGUCUCAGCUCUAAUAUAUAAGGACGAGAAGCUCACUGUGACUCAGGACCUCCCUAUGAACGAUGGAAAACCUCACAUCGUCCACUUCCAGUAUGAGGUCACCGAGGUGAAGGUCUCUUCCUGGGAUGCAGUCCUGUCCAACCAGAGCCUGUUUGUAGAAAUCUCAGAUGGAUUAUUAGCUGAUGCGAGCAAAGAAGGAUUGUUAGCACUGCUAGAGUUUGCUGAAGAGAAGAUGAAAGUGAACUACGUCUUCAUCUGCUUCAGGAAGGGCCGGGAAGACAGAGCUCCACUCCUGAAGACCUUCAGCUUCUUGGGCUUUGAGAUUGUGCGUCCAGGCCAUCCCUGUGUCCCCUCUCGACCAGAUGUGAUGUUCAUGGUUUACCCCCUGGAUCAGAACUUGUCCGAUGAGCACUAAUGGUCAUAGAGGAUGCUUUGUCCAAGAGCCACAGUGGGGGAAGAGGGGAAGUUAGGCAGCCCUGGGACAGAGGAGGGGGCUUGCUGUCUAGGGAAGGACGCUGAGGGGCUCAGGGUGAGGGUUGCCUAUUGUGUUCUCCGCGUUGACUCAUUGAAAUUGUUUUCCAUAAAGAACAGUAUAAAGAUAUUAUUCACAUGUAAUCACCAAUAGUAAAUGAAGAUGUUUAUGAACUGGCAUUAGAAGCUUUUUAAACUGCGCUGUGUGAUGUGCUCUAUCUAGCCUAGGGGAGGACAUUGCCUAGAGGGGGAGGGACUGUCUGGGUCCGGGGGCAAGGCCUGGAGAGCUGGUGGACAGCACUCUCAGGCUGAGGUUCCCCUGCUGUUGGGCUUUCUUUUUUGCUUUUUAAGACUUGUGUAUUUUCU